UUGUUGUUGCAGCGGGAGGGAGAAGAGGCCGUGCAUGGUGCCUCUUUCAGCAGCGUGUGCUUGUGGAGCUGCCGGUCGACUUUUGGUUUGUGAUGCAGGGAGGGAGGAUGAGCUGCUUGGAGUUGUGAUUUUUUCAUCUUCUCCGUCCUCCAGUUGACAGCUGACGAGAGAUAUUCUCCUUGAAGAAAAACACACGGAAUGUAAGGACCAGGUUAUGCAUACAAAUCCGACCCGGCUUCUCGUGGACUUCCAGCAUGCCAGGAGAUGGAGAACAAGGCCAUGUACUUGAGCACGUAUGAGGAGAGGGAGAGCUCGUCCAUGUACGAGGACGCCUACGACGGACAUAAUUUGUCCAAGCUCAACCUGUGCGAUGAAGGUUCUGGAAAACGACGCAGGAAACAAGAUCAGUGUUGCGCUCAGCUCAACUCUCUCGCGGCCAUCAAGUAUGCCAUCUUGUCGCUCUACGUACUCGUGCUGCUCACCAUUUUUGGACUUUGCCUGGCAGUGUCUCGCUCCCAGGCAUGGUCGCAGCGGCAACAGGUGCUGAUGGAGAACGUCACCCAAAUGUCGGAGCGUUCCAGGCUGCUUCAGCAGACACUUGGCGAGACGCCCGAUCGGGCAGACUUACUGGAGAACAUCUGGAAGCUGGAGAACCUCUUCCAGAAUCAUAGUGACAGGCUUCAGAAACUUGAGAUUCUCAUUAAGAGUCUUGAGGUUGAGCUGAGAAACAUGCAAGCUCAUUCUCUGCAGUCUGAAGGCUACUUGGUGCAGCUAGAUGACCGUUUGUCAUCAUUCAGCAGCUCAGCCGGCAGGAACCUGACGGGCCUAACUGCCGAGGUGGCCCGCGCUUCAACCUGGCUCCGUGACCAGAAGCUGCUGCUCAGGGAGACAUCAGGUCAGGUUAGCGGUCUGAGAGACAAGUUGGAUGAGGUCAACUGGACGGUUGGGGCUGUCAAUCACACCGUCAGCAAUAAUAUCAAUAUUCACCACUUGAAAAUACAAGAUCUGCAGAUUCAGAUCAGCAACAUCACCGAAGACACCUCCAGUCUUUGGGUAACACAUGUUCACACGGAGGCACAACUGAGGAACGAGAUGGAGAUCUUGAACACCAUCACCGAGGACUUACGCCUUAAGGACUGGGAGCACUCCUUGGCCCUGAAAAACAUCAGCUUCAUUGAAGGACCUCCUGGCCCAAAAGGAGAAAAAGGUGACACGGGGCCACUCGGGCGCCCCGGAGCCCCUGGAUUAACAGGUUUAAGAGGCUUUGCCGGAGAAAAGGGAAUCCAAGGUCCUCACGGUAUCAAAGGCUCCACUGGCGACGACGGCAGUCAAGGCGAAAAAGGCGACGUCGGACCUGCCGGACCGAAAGGGGAACGAGGAGAAAGAGGGAUGAAAGGAGAUAAGGGUGACAGAGGAGAAAAAACAGUGGAAGACAUCCUCGUGCGACUGGUGAACGGUUCAGGCCUGCACGAAGGCCGUGUGGAGGUCUUCCACGAGAAGCGCUGGGGGACGGUGUGCGAUGACGUGUGGGAUAAGAAGGAUGGCGACGUGGUGUGUAGGAUGCUGGGAUACCGAGGCGCUGCAGAAGCUCACAAGACAGGGCGUUUCGGACAAGGCACCGGUUUGAUCUGGAUGGACGACGUAGCGUGCACGGGUUUUGAAGACUCCAUCUUUGACUGCAAGUUCUCCGGUUGGGGUAAAACCAACUGCGGCCACGUGGAGGACGCCGGCGUCACGUGUCUUGUCUAGCGGAUGUUUCGCAACAGAUCCGCUUUUCUGGUCCCGGAUGUGUCGUCAUCACGCCUAUUGGCGCGACUGAGUUGGAUCUUUUUAUUGACGAGGUGGACGUUGAGACUUUUAAAGAACAGAACCAUCUCGGGAUGCGAUCCUCCAUUUUGAAGCUGUUCAUGUGAAGAGCUUGUAAAGACUGUUUUGUGCCUUACUAUGAUGACCUUAUUGGAAUAGCUUCAUUAUAGUCUUCGUUAUUACUGUUCUAGCACCUCAGAUACAUUUUGGAGGAGUUAAACAUACUUGGCAAAUAUUCCCAAAAGUUCUGAAGAGUUCAAAGACGAAAAAAAAAAUUCAAGCUAUUACCGGUUUUUAGGUAAACAGACCUGAAAAGACGAAACACAAAAUAUCACAGACAAGCUGUACGAGAACGUGUUCUACAGCUACCUAAUGGAAAAACAUAUUUUAAAGCAACACUAUCUAACGUUUCAGUUUUGGUCGAUUUUAGCGACGCCUGUGGUCAAAAGCGGUAGUGUUUUGCUUUAAGGAAGACUGCAUUUCCCAUGAGGACCAGUGCUGCUGACGUAUGCUGUAAAGCAGUCAGUACAUUUGUAGUUUUUUUUUUUUUUUGGUGUUUGUGUGUCAGGGUUCCUGCCACCCUCCUCAAAGUUAAUUAGUGCCGGUGAAAGCAAUACAGACCCCCUCAAGAUCAGUGUUGUCAAAGAGAACUUGGAAAAAGUACGUGAAUUACUGAUUACGCCUCAAAAAAGUAAUCUAGUUUCUUUACUGAUUACUUUAUCAUCAAAGUAACUAAGUUACUUUAAAAGUAAUUUAGCAGCUACUUUUGACCAAUUUUUCUCCCUUUGCUGCCUUAACAUAAGAACGACAACAGAAAAAUGUCACCGCAUGUAACUUUCCGAUAAUUGAAUUUAAAGGGAAAGAUCAGAUUUUUUCAAGGCUUAAUCUUUGAUUUAGCGGGGAUUUAAUUAGUCAAUGGAGUUUAUUUGAAACACCAUUGACAGGUGCUAGCUUAGCCUCUUCAGAGCCCCUGAAACUAACAAAUAAAUGACAAACUGCAAGGAAUUUGUUGAAAUCAACUCCACCAACAAAUUAAACUCUGCUAACUUGAAAAUUAAGCCUAAUGUAAAAAAUUCUGAAUUUCAGUUUAGUGGUUUGGGUUAAGUGCAUAUCAGUGCCAAUAUAAAACAAUGCAAAUUGGCUGCACAAUAAUCAACAACACACAAAUGAAUUGCACAGUGCAUUAAACACAAAGGUCAGGGAGGGCGCGGAUGCGCGCGCACAACCCGGAGGUACGCCGUGCACACUCGCGGUCAAUAUAGCCACAAAACGUGGCGGUAACUAAGCACUCUACACUUCCGCGCGGUGUCUCUGCUCGUCUGCAAGACUGCCGCAUGUUUGGUGGGGCUUGCACGCGGCUGGAUGUGAUUGGGCGUGCCCAGGUGAGGGGCCUCGGUGCUGGGAUUGGCGAUGGGACAGCGUAGGGUCGGUUGCCAACGAGCUUACACUCACAAGGGAUUCACACGAUUACUGGUUUCUAGAUCACAGAGCUGAUUUGUGUACACUCCCCCCUCCCAAUCACUCAUCUUAUAGACCCCUCCCCCUCUCUUCUUUCCCUGGUCAACAGGCCCAAAACAUGGUGUCAACCGGAAAUACAUCUAGCUGACGAUAGCACCAACAUAUUCAUAGUUAGUGUAGGUGUUUAAUGUAUUUCUUGUUGUUGUUUGUGCUUCCUUUCUUGUGUUUCGUUUCUUCUGUUCCCCCAUACCCCCUUCCUGAUCGCUGCUUUGUCUUAAUAAAUGAGGUAUGUUGAAUGAUCACAAUGGGAGUAUAUCAUACUCUCAAUGUGAAACAUUAAAACUAUUCAGACCAACCAGAAACUUAGACUUCCAUUCUCCGUGUUAAACAGCUGAACAGGACAGGACGUUGCAACGGCAAAGCUACGAAGCGGCCACGCAUGUACCGGCUCCAACCUAUCGCCGGAACCCUCUAGAAUGAAGGAAAAAUUCUCAGAUUCAUUCAUGGAUGCACACAGAUCAACAUUCCCUCGCACAUCUCAACAGGUGGCUGCACUCGGCUCAAUAUGCACCUUUGAUCCACAUGCUUUUCUCAGUCCGAAAACACUUAGCGCUAUUUUCUAUUCAAAAUCCUCUUCGUACAUGACUACAAUAUUCUUCAUUCUACAUAUAUUAUGAGGCAUUAACAAAAUAGUAACGCACACACAAAGGAAACUAACUUUAAUCAGAUUACUGGUUUGUAAAAAUGAACACGUUAGAUUACUCGUUACUGAAAGAAAGUAAUCAGAUUAGUGACAACACUGCUCAAGAUAUAAAAGAGGUGUCAUUCAACUAGUUGUCAAUUGACAUAUCAUCACAAAUGUUAUGAAAACAUUUUAUAGAGGUUGAAAAGUUACUGAGGGUUGCUUUAAUUAAUAAUUCUAUGUGGCGACAUCAUGGCACCACCCACUGAAGACAUUUUGGUUUGUUGUCAGUACUCAACACAUACCAAAAAAACAAAACCACAGUUUCUACACAAUUAAUUUAAGAUGUGCCCGUUGUUCUUAUUCACGUGUGUUCCUCAUUAGAAGUCUUUUCAAAGGCAACAUAUUCUGACCGUCCAAAAGUGUCGCCAAAGCUAACACGCGGCCUCGCUUGUGUUUAUUUUCCCUGUCUCGCUUUGUCAUCACAACAUGUCUCGUCUGGCCGCCACGGAGACGCAAACAGGAUAUUCUCCGAUCUCUUCUCGAUAUUUGUUCGGCGCCAGUUAGCGACUAACGUGCCAGCUAGCUGACAUGCAAACGGAAGAUAAUUUUUCAGUUAAACGUCAUGAAACGACGGCGGCCAAGUCAAGUUUGAAUGAUUCACUCAAAUUGGGGAGUCCAGUUUUAGUUGAACGCUACAACAGAUGCUCAACAAACUCAAUUAGCUGGUUAUUUUUAUGUCACGCACGCUUCGUUACCAAGUAGAAUUUGUAGGAAGGAAAAUGGCAGCAUCUUCUGGGGCUGCUGGGGCACUGCUCCAAGUGCCCCUAACACUGACAGAAAACAAAAAUAUCAAUUGAUUGUUAACUAUAUUUUGCAAGAACAAAAACUAAAUAUUUAAAGUAGGGCUGUCAAACGAUUACAAUUUUUAAUCGAGUUAAUUACAGCUUAAAAAUUAAUUAAUCGUAAUUAAUCGCAAUUCAAACCAUCUAUAAAAUAUACCAUAUUUUGCUUUAAAUUAUUGUUGGAAUGGAAAGAUAAGACACAAGAUGGAUAUUUCCAUUCAAUAUACAGUACAUAAGGACUAUUUGUUUAUUAUAACAAUAAAUCAACAAGAUGGCAUUAACAUUAUUAACAUUCUCUUAAAGCGAUCCAUGGAUAGAAAGACUUGUAGUUCUUAAAAGAAAAAUAUUAGCACAAGUUAUAGAAAUUUUAUAUUAAAACCCCUCUUAAUGUUUUCGUUUUAAUAAAAUUUGUAAAAUUUUCAAUCAAAAAAUAAACUAGUAGCCCGCCAUUGUUGAUGUCAAUAAUUACUUACACAAUGCUCACGGGUGCUGAAGCCUAUAAAAUCAGUCGCACCCAACCGCCAGCAGAGGGCGGCAAAACUCCAUAAAACACAAUUAACAAGCAGUUGACUGUACUGUCAUUUAAAUCUGUCUGAGCGGGGGGAGUGGGUUAAUUGCGUCAAAUAUUUUAACGUGAUUAAUUUAAAAAAUUAAGGUUAAGGUAAUAAUUUUGACAGCCCUAAUUUAAACUAGUGGUACCUUGAGAUACGAAAGCUUCGAUAAGCGACAAAUGCCUUUUACGCAAGGUUUUUCGAAAGUUUUUAGGCUUCAUAUUACAAAAACUUAUUAUCAUACGAAAGAUGAUAUGUACUAUAAUAAAUAUUUCCUGCUCAGCAUCAAACGCUUAAUGGACAGUAUUGUUUUCACUUUACCAGCGUACAAUACUCUUCUUAUAACAUCCUGUUGCCCCAUGGGUAACAGCAAUGCAUGCUGGGUAAUGGAGUUCUAACUCCUAACACCACAUUUGACUAUAACUGUUAACAAGCAAAAUAUACACACCACAAUAUGCUACACAACAUUCAUGUAAUCUGAAACAGAAGAACAAAACUUUAUGACUGCCAAUGUUAGCUCGUCUUUUAGCACUUUGUGUUUGCUAUGAGCUCGAGUAGUCAUGUGAUAACGUGUGUACAUAGAACAUAAUAAACGAGUAACACUCAAGCGCCACUAGGGAGCGAUAAAGCAUUACAAAUAAAGACAGGCAAUCAGAGGACAUGAAAACAAAUUCUAUGUGGUGUUUUUAGUACAAUUUGGAACAAAUUAGGUGAUUUACAUGCAAAACGAGAUUCAUUAUACGAAAAAAUGAUAAGAAAGCCACUCCAGACAGAAUUAAUUCCGUAUCUUGAGGUACCACUGUAUUUAUUUUGGAAAACAAAAAAGUAGCAAUGUCUUUUGUAACUACUGGGGCACUGCCCCAAGUGCCCCUAAUGCAGAACCCACCUUUUAAUGUAUUGUACACUCAAUUUCAUGAAAAAAUCUGAAAUAUGAGAAAAACAGUGUUGUCGCUAGCAGCUGGGGCACAGCCCAAAGAACCCUUAAUGCACACAGAAAGUCAAACAUGCCCUCGUUUGACAAAUAUUUAGUAUGUCUUGGAAUCAAGGAAAUCUGGAAAUGCUGGGGCACUGCCCCAAGUGCCCUUAAAACAAACAGGAAGCAAACUAAACUGUCUUUUCUACGUUAUACUACGCGUAAACUACCUUUUUAAAAGAACAACCAAAACAAGAUUGUUUUUAUUAAAUUCAUAAGGAAAAUGACGAAGAUUUUUGUAGCUAAUGGGGCACUGCUCUAAGUGCCCCUCAUGCAUGAAGGAAGCCAAAAAACAACCUCUGAAUGAACUGUAAAAAUAUUUCAUUUUGAAAUUAAGAACUAGUGUCUUUUUUUUUAGCUGCUUUUAGCUUGUGUGUACAGGAAACCAAAAAUUCUCCAUCUCCUGAUGUUUUCUCGCGUAUUCACAUGUCCUCCUAUAUCAGCUGAUACUUUGCGGUGGAAUACAUUCUCGCUGUACCUUUUGAAAAUGAGAAGUGCUCUUAACCACAUAAAUGUGUCUUCAUUUUUUUUUUCAACAUUCUUGGAUGCAUGUCAUACAUGUGUUUUUUAUUACGGCGUGCCGGUUGUUCAAGAUUUACUGCAAGGGCUACGAUGACUUAGCAACACCCAAAAUAUUUGAUAUGACGUCGUUUGAUUUGUUCUACUACUAAAUGCUGCAUAUGCACUGCUGACAUAAUAAAUGUGUUUAAACAGGUGAGCUGGCUUCUUUUGAUUGACAGCUUGGAGAUGCAAUUACGCCCUGGAACGUUUCCACAUGUGCUGCCAAUUCGGUUAACGAGUUACUUUUGUGAUUUUAUUAUAACACAAUAGUGCUUCAACUCAGUUGCUGUCAUUGAUCACCAGUUCAUUUUGAUUAGGGAGGGCUAGCAUUGAUCAUUCGAAACUGAUGAGUUUAUGCAAUUUAUUCACCGUAAUUCAAAUCCCUCCAUAGAAUCAAACAUGGUACGCAAAGGCGUAGCAAGGGUCCCCGGGGGCCCCAGGCAACAAGCAAGAUGGGGCCCUUCGAGCGUGUGCAAGUAAGGGGGACAGUUGGACUUGGAGCAAUAGCAUAUUUAAUAGAAGUAUAAUUACGCCUCGGUCUCAUGUACCCCUUUCCCACUGGCCCAAAAACCCAUGUCAACCCACUAACAAUCGGCUUUUG